UCUCGCUCUCUGCUCAAGUGGAAUACAUCCCGAUCACCGAUGAAUUCCGUGAAGUUAUUAUCAGCUUUGGAAAAAAGAGGAGCUCGGCAGCGGGAGCGAACAGCAUCCAUGUGACCAAAAAUGGGAGAAUGACUUUAACCCACAAAGAUGUCUCCGAGUGAUUUGAACUUUGAUUCAAACAUCCCAGACCUCUCCGAGUCCGAGGAGCAGCUGUGACCAGAUUUAUCUUUACAUUUGUAGAGUUCAAGAACUCUUUUCCACCCACAGAUACCCGCCACCGGCUCUGCCUUCAGCCCAAGUUGCAGACUUAUUUUAGAUGUAAAAAGACAAACUGCCAACACAGACUGGAUUAAAACAGUUUCCAGCUGCUCUUAGAGAUGUCGGUCUGUUACACAGGAGUUCUCCUUCUACUGGCUUUGCUCCCGGUUUGUUCAGGAUCCCGUCUUCGCCAGGAGGACUUCCCGCCUCGCAUUGUGGAGCACCCCUCCGACCUCAUCGUGUCCAAGGGGGAGCCGGCCACUCUCAACUGCAAGGCUGAGGGCCGCCCGGCCCCGACGGUGGAGUGGUACAAGGACGGGGAGCGUGUCGAGACAGACCGCGACAACCCCCGCUCACAUCGUAUGCUGCUCCCAAGCGGCUCCCUCUUCUUCCUGCGUAUCAUCCACGGACGACGAAGCAAGCCCGACGAUGGCAGCUACGUGUGCGUGGCGCGAAACUAUCUUGGCCAGGCGAUCAGUCACAAUGCCUCCCUGGAAGUAGCCAUCUUACGUGACGACUUCAGACAGAACCCCGUCGACGUUAUGGCUGCGGUGGGUGAACCGGCGGUGCUGGAGUGUCAGCCUCCCCGGGGACAUCCCGAACCCACAAUAUCCUGGAGGAGGGAUGGAGCCAACUUGGACGACAGAGACGAACGCAUCACGAUCCGGAGCGGCAAGCUGAUGAUCACCAAUACUUGGAAAAGUGACGCAGGGAAAUACAUCUGUGUGGCGACGAACAUGGUGGGAGAGAGGGAGAGUGAAGUUGCCGAACUCACAGUGCUGGAGCGGCCGACCUUUGUGAAGCGUCCCAGCAGUGUAGUGGUGUUGGCAGACGAGAGCGUGGAGUUCCACUGUGUGGUUCAAGGAGACCCCGUCCCCACCGUCCGCUGGAGGAGAGACGAUGCUGACCUGCCUAAGGGCAGGUUUGAGAUCCUCGAGGACCAUACCUUGAUCGUUCGCCAAGUUACCUCUUCAGAUGAAGGCUCUUAUACAUGUGUGGUGGAGAACAUGGUUGGGAAAUCUGAAGCUUCUGCCAUGCUCACUGUACACGUGCCCCCCGCGUUUGCCAUACGCCCCAGGAACCAGGUGGUGUCAGUGGGCAGGACAGUCACUUUCCAGUGUGAGGCCACCGGCAACCCACAGCCUGCUAUCUUCUGGCAGAGGGAGGGCAGCGAGAGUCUUCUGUUCUCCUACCAGCCACCUCAGCCUUUCAGCCGUCUGUCUGUAUCCCAGAUGGGAAGUUUGACCAUUACGGAUGUUCAGCGCUCUGACGCUGGCUUCUACAGUUGCCAGGCUCUCAACAUUGCUGGCAGUGUUAUUACCAAAGCGCUGCUGGAGGUUACAGAUGCUGGGUCAGACUACCUCCCUCCUGUCAUCCGGCAGGGCCCACUCAACCAGACCGUUCCUGUGGACAGCACAGUUAUGCUGGUCUGCCAGACUGCUGGCACUCCACCUCCCACCGUCCACUGGAAGAAGGAAGGUGUGGUGCUAUCGAUGGCAGACUCUCGCAUUUCCAUAACUGAAUCAGGAUCACUGAAGAUUCACUAUGCUAAGCUGGGAGAUUCAGGCCUCUACACUUGCGUUUCUUCUAGUUCCAGUGGAGAGGCUUCCUGGACAGCAUCCUUGCGAGUGGAAGAAUUUGGGGUUACUGUCCAGUCCAAUCAUCCCAUAGACACUAACCUGAUUCCUGGUGCUCCAUCUAAACCUGAAGUCACUAAUAUCAACCGCACAUCUGUGACACUGUCGUGGAAGUCCAGCACCAAUGCCGCUGCAUCACCUACAUCUUACCUAAUUGAAGCAUUCAGUUAUACUUUGGGAAGCAGAUGGGUGACACUGGCAGAGCAUGUGAAGACAGAGACCUUUGUUCUGAAAAACUUGAAGCCUGGAGUUGUCUACCUUUUUAUGGUCAGAGCUGUGAAUGCUUACGGCCUCAGCGAUCCCAGUCCCAUCUCUGACUCGGUCAGGACACAGGACAGCACUUUCACCAUAAAGGGGGUGGACCACCGUCACAUCCAGCGAGAACUGGCAGAUGUCGUCAUCCACCUGCAAACACCUAUAGUACUUUCAUCUUCUGCUGUCAAAGUGCAGUGGACGGUGGAACACCAGUCCCCAUAUAUCCAGGGUUACAAGGUGCUGUACAGGGCGUCUGCUGAGCAUGGCCAGCCCGAGGUGCAGUGGGGUGUCCUGGAGGUCCAUGUCCCACAGGAGGACAGGGUGGUGAUCAGUCAGCUGAAGAAAGGAUCCAUCUACGAGUUCAAAGUGCGCCCCUUCUUUGAUGAGUUCCAGGGAUCUGACAGUGAAGUGAAGGUGAUCAGGACUCUGGAAGAAGCACCUAGCAGAGCACCCCAGGGUGUUACGGUGACAAAGAGUGAUGCCAACGGGACUGCUAUCCUCGUUUCCUGGAAACCCCCGCCAGAGGCAGAAAGGGAUGGAUUCAUUCAGGAAUACAGGAUCUGGUGUCUGGGUAAUGAGAGCCGCUACCAUGUAAACCAGUCGGUGGAUGGUUCCACCUUCUCUGUGCUCAUUUCCAGUCUGGCACCAGGCGUUCGCUACAGCGUGGAGGUUGCAGCCAGCAACGGUGCUGGACCCGGAGCCAAAAGUGAUGUUGCCUUCUUUCAGUUAGACUCUGCAGGCCAGAUGAUGGACAUCAGUGACAAAAGGGACACUUUAUCACAAAUCUCAGAUGUGGUGAAGCGGCCGGCCUUUAUAGCUGGCAUUGGCGCCACCUGCUGGUUGGUGCUCAUGAUUUUCAGCGUGUGGCUCUACCGCCACCGCAAGAAGAGGAGUGGCCUCAGCAGCACAUACACUGGAAUCCGCAAGGUUCCCUCAUUCACCUUUACACCAACGGUCGCAUAUCAAAGAGGAGAAUCCGUGUGUGGCGCCGGCAGACCUGGCCCUCUCAGCAUGGGUGACCCACUAAACCAGCUGUGGCUGCCAGACAAUUGGCCAAAUGCAUGUGCCAAUCAUAAGGACUGCAGCAUCAACUGCUGCAAUAAUGGCAACGGCACCAGUGACAGUAACAUGACAACAUACAGCCGACCAGCCGACUGCAUAGCCAACUAUGGAAACUAUCCAGAAAGCAAACAGGGGGGACAGCUUGGUACUGAGACAGCCAUAUACAGCGACGUCAACCUCUCCAACGCGCUCAGUGAGAUUAAAACAUUCAAUAACUCCAACUUGUGCUAUGUAAGUCCGGGAGGAGAUUCAACUGGCACGUAUGAGCCCAUUCCAUAUGCCACAACACAGCUCAUUCAGGCGAGCAUAAAGAACAAAGGUGGUGCUGGUGGCUCUAUAGCAGAGCCUCUGGAUAUACCUUGCUGGAAACAACCCCCCAACCUGCCUCCGAUACCCAAGGAAAUGGCUGCACAGAUGCAGCACAGUAUGACUGAGCCAAACAGUAAAGAUCUGCAAGGAAGCGAGGGAACGAUCCACCCUAAAACUAUCCCAUACAGCCAGACCCGCGAUCACAGCACGGGAGGUUCACACCACAGUUCAGACAGAGGCAGCAACAGCACCUCAGGGAGUCAAAAUCAAAGGAAAGCAAUGAGAGCGCAGAAGACCCCCAAACAUAAUGCAAUAUGCUGGGGCGAAGCCUUGUCUCCUCUCCAUGCUACUACCCUGGAUGGGGAUGAGUACAGUCUGCCCAUGCAACGAAGCUUUGAACCCGAGGAGAAAAUAGAAGGCUGUCCUAUUCCAGGAGUAAGAGGAGCAGGCUCAUCUCCUCCUGAAGUGCCCUGCAGUCGCCCGCCCACCUCAUCAUCACAAGAAGACCUGAGCAAUGGCCUCCAUAAUGAAGCUGAGCACUUCACGCACACCUACAGCUCGAUACCGCUCUGCGUGGACACUGACGGGCAGGAGGAGAACGAGGAAGAGGCCGAGGAGGAAACGGAUGCAGAGCUGGCUGAGAACCCGUACAGCCGACCCCACCAGCAUCAUCAGAAGACCAGACACCAGCUGCAUCACCACCUCUCUCCGCACAAGCUGCUGCUGCAUGGGCUGGAGCAGACCCCGGCGUCCAGCACGGGGGACCUGGACAGAUCAGUCACGGGGUCUAUGGUUAACAGCUGGGGCUCGGCGUCGGAGGACAACAUCUCAUCAGGCAGGUCCAGUGUUGUCAGCACCUCAGAGGGAUCUUUCUUCACGGAUGGCGAUUUCAACCAGGCGGUAGCCUCCUCCCGGGAUAUUGUAGGCCUACGCAUGUGCAGAUACACAGAGGAGUCAGGCCGGCGGCACCAGCGAGCCAGCAGCCCCAUGUCAACAGACAGUAACAUGAGCCCUGCAAUGACACAUAAAAGGCCCAGAAGGCAUAAACAGAACCAGUCCGGUCAGCAGGGCUAUCAGUCCGCAGAUGUUUUCAACGAUGACUCUUGCAUGCCUCUGAAUUUCACCAACCAGAUGUGCCACGGGGACUACAAAGUGAGGGGGGCCACGCUGCCGCGGAUGGGCUCUGGGGAGAGCCGGGGUCGACGGGGGAGCACGGGAACUCACAGGGUCAAAGAUGGUACGAUUGAGCAGAGCGAGAGUCAGGCGACGGGCAAAACUCAACCGGGAGGAAAAGGGAACAACAAAAACCGACAGCACUCAGAAUUUGGGGAUGUUCUCCUGUACAGUCGUCCCUGUUUCCCAUCAGGUCAAGCUCAAAGGGAGCCAGCUUCUAAUUUAUCCAGCUUUCAGUCGUGCAGCGACCCAAGGGCCAAACAUGGGGAGGCGGUGGCCGCGACAGGACACGUGGAAGAGUUUGUGAAAAGCCAAGAAGCGAUGUGAGCACAAGGGGGAGUAUCCCACGGUUACUUCAAAGGACUUUGACUUGGACGGCAUGGACAGAGACUUUAAAAAUACUGCACAAUGCACAAGUUUUUUUUCUACUUGGAAUUUCCCUUUUUUGGUGUUUGAAAAGAAGAAAAAAUAAAGAUAAAAACAUGCUCUCAUAUUUAAGUCUGUGGACUUGUUUAUGUUUUUUUUUUUGCUGUUUUUUUUUUUUUUUGGUUUGUUUGGUUGUUUCGGUGACCAGCUUCAAGGACCCUGAACUGCUGGUCGCUUAGGUAAUAAUAAUGAAUGCACAUUUGAUGGCGGUUGUGAGUGUCUACUAAAAUAUUGCUCCCGGCGACUGCUUGAUGCGGUUUGCGUGAUAUUUGUGUGUCUAUUGUUCUGUUCUUUUACUGUAACUGAUAUACAGUCAUUACCAGCCAUCUUGUAAAUUGUUUACUGCCACAGAAGUGCUUCAAAUUUUAUAUAACAGUGUCGACGUUUUCUAAGUGAUGUACAUCUUGUCUUUGUAUUAUUUGUCUACUUUGGUUAUAAAAGCACAAUCAAUUAAUUUUAUUUCAAGUCAGUGUUUGAUGAAUUUUGCUCUGGAGGAAAUCUGUUGUUGGACUCUGGUUAAUCAUUUUGUCUACUUCAUGUCAGGCUGCGAAAAAAAAAAAAAAGAUUUCCAAUGGCGAUGAUGCAUUUAGUUGCAUACAAUUGAGCUGCUUUCAUUCAGUUUUGAAGUGUCUGUUGCGUGUAUUCGGAGAACUGCAUGUAGAUCCAAACAAAGAGGUUUCGCUUCCAUCCCCACUGCUUUGGCCUUCGUUCGGGAUGAUGAAAAGUCUGGUCAUGGGCUGGAUCCAUUUAUUGUUUCUCUUUGCUGAGUUCCUUUAUUUUACAUUCUGGGCUUGCUCGACUUUGCCUGUAAAUUGUGCAGCAGAACUAGAGUAUGAAUUUAAAAUUCACUGACUAGAAGUCUCUUACAGAUAUGAAUUUGCUCAUACGGCAGUUUUCCAGAUCUGUACGAUUAAGUUGCCAAUGAGUCCAAAAUAUAGUAAAACCUCAGACUGUACCUGAAUGUAACAGAGGAUAAUUGAGUUUUGUCUCUCUAAUUGGCAUACAUGAGUCUGUGCAAUUAUUAGGCAAUUGUCAGUCAGCAGAAUUCCUAUGUAGCUUAAUUACAGCAAAAUCAUCUGUAACAAAUGAAUAAAUAAA